AUGAUGAUGUUCCUGAUUGCUUGCCCAUACUGCAUACACUUAGAGGAGCAGCGCUUCUCCUACGGCCAAAUUUACGUAGCCUGCUCCCGAGUCGGCAGGGGUGAUGAUGUGUUCCUGAUUGCUUGCCCAUACUGCAUACCGCAUACACUUAGAGGAGCAGUGCUUCUCAUACGGCCAAUUUACGUAGCCUGCUCCCGAGUCGGCAGGGGUGAUGAUGUGUUCCUGAUUGCUUGCCCAUACUGCAUACUGCACACACUUAGAUUCUCCUUACAGCCAAAUUACGUAGCCUGCUCCAUCGGCAGGGGUGAUGAUGUGUUCCUGAUUGCUUGCCCCUGGCUACCGUAUACACUUAGAGGAGCAGCGCUUCUCAUACGGCCAAAUUACGUAGCCUGCUCCCGAAGGAGCAGCGCUACUCAUACGCCAAAUUUACGUAGCCUGCUCCCGAGCGGCAGGGGUGAUGAUGUGUUCCUGAUUGCUUGCCCAUACUGCAUACACUUAGAGGAGCAGCGCUUCAUACGGCCAAAUUACGUAGCCUGCUCCCGAGUCGGCAGGGAUGAUGAUGUGUUCCUGAUUGCUUGCCCAUACAUGCAGGGCGCUUCACUUAGAGGGGUGCAUGCGUUCUUCAUACCGCCAAGAGGAGCACGUAGCCUGCUCCCAAAUUGCGGUACUCCCCGAGUCAGCAGGGGGUGA